AUGAGUGCCUCCGAGAACAUUUGUUUGCCUCCCAGCGGAGUCUUGAAACAUGAUCCCACGCACUUACAGCAGUGUAGCUCAUGGUCCCUUGCAUUUCGGCAAAUCGAAGAGGCUGCAGCUACGUUCAUUGAGAAUGUCUACGUCUUCAAUGCAACGCGGAUUGAGUUCUUCAGUGCGACACAGUUGGCGGUGGAAGCAAUCCAAAGCUAUGUCGCCAGUGAGGAGUACACCAAUCAGCUGCAGAGAGUGGGCAACAAAGUGGAGUUUGUGAUCAAUGCUGUCCAGAGCAGGCUGAAUUCCGAAGACCUUCGGCUUGCUCGGUCAAGGCUUCAAACUGAGAUUGACCGCUUGAAGCUCGCAGCAGGGAACCUCAGGACUGUCUUGGACGAGAAAACUGAACUCAUUGCACGAUUCUUGGAUGAAUGCAAUGAGCUCUACGUGGGUACCGGUCCUUCAGGAGAGUAUUUGUUGGACAUAUGCGCGCAGGGCAACAUCGAGUGCCUGGAGAAUGAGCAGUUUGGUGAACAUGUCACCUGCUGCUGCGGCUAUCAUCCUGCCACGGCCUAUGGUGAAGUCAUUUCAAGCCAGCUCAUUGAUGGAAUUGCCUCUUUCGAUGCUCCAGCACGAGUCGGACGUCGAUUGACCGGAGAAGAAAGAGCAGCAGGGUCAUUCUGGUAUAGACUGGUCACAUCAUGGAACUCUAGGACCCUGCGCCCGGAAGCAAAGGCAGUCUUCUUGAGCCAGACCCCUUGCAGCACGUGCCAGUAA